UUCAUUUCUCUGCCAAAACCAAAGCUCAAUCUUACAACCCUUUCCUGCGAACUGAUCACCGAUCGAUUCCACUCUUAAGACAAUUUUCCUCUGUCAUGCCAAUAGAUCUUAUUUUCUUGUUCCAACAUUGAACAUUAUAAAGGAAAUCCAAAGCUAGAAAGGUACUAAUUAUAUAUUCCCUUAACAUGCAUCUCAUUUUGUUUGGUUUUCACUUUCGGCUUUUCUUUUCAUUAUGAUGUGAUUUUAACAACUACUAACAGUUACUGCCCUUUUGCCUUGUUUCUGGGGCUGAAACCGGGUGGGGUGGAAUCAAUCGAAAAGGAGCGUUCACUCAACUAAAAUCAAAGUAAGAUCAAAGCACCAUCCAAACUCACCACUCUUCUUUUUUAUCUUGUUUGAACUUCUAAGGCAUCUCCCCUUCUUUUAGAAUUGGAAGAAGACAGAAGAAGCUUAUGUUGACUCCUCGAUGACUGGUGCUCCCCCAGCAGGUCUGCCUUAUUUUUCUACCUCCUUCCAGGAAAAGGGACAUCCAUCUGCGCAACAUGCUAAUUCCAAGUUAAAAAUUAGGCGUCAAUAAUGUUUUGAAAAAAAAUUUAAGAAGUUAUGAUAUUUAAAAUUUUAAUCUUCACCUUUAAUUAAAAUAUUUUAAAACAUUUUACCUUCUUUGAUUAAAAUUAUAAUCUUUAUUCUUCUUAUUAAAUAGUAAAUAAUUUUUGAUAAUUUUUUUUUUAAAAAAUUAUCAUUAUAUUACUUAUAUAAUUCAAACUAUAUUUUUUAACUCUUAAAUGAUAGUAACAGGGAAUCUGACCAUUAACCUUUAUCCUUUGUCAAACAGUGAUAUGAGCGACAGCAGGUGUUGAUUACAGCUGGAUUCACGAGCUCUGCUUUUCUUUGUCUGUUCUUUCUAUAUUCUAUAUUGCAUACGGUCCCCGUUCCUUGACCAAAGUCACACCUCGCGUGGUUAAAACUCUGCAAUCUCUGCGACUCUCCCCCAAACACUCAAAAGGCUCUCACUCUUUUUUUCGCAGAAGCAGCUAAAGGGAAACGUAUGCUCCUGACUAGCCUCUUUUUUUUUUUUUUCACCUUUUUGGUUUAACACAAACAUAAUUAGUUUAGUUUCUUUGUAAAUCUUAAUCAUAUAUAGAUGAUCUACUUAGUAAUGGCAAGUACUAAAAGACAAAAAAAAAAAGAUUUUCAUU